AUGGCCACAAUUACCUUUGUUGUAGCUAAAGUCGAUAUAUGUACGAAAAAACAUACUACAUCUGAAGAUUUAACUGAAGCAGAUUUGGCUCGAUGGGCAGCAAAAAAUCAAAAGUUAUCACUUGAAAAUUUUCAAACCAAUUAUCCAUUAGCUGAUGAUCUUAAUGGAAAUAAUCGUCGAAUUAAAAAUGCUUUUAUUGCACCUGCAUUCAAAGCUUAUUGCGAACAUUAUCCACUUGAAUUGAGUGUUGAAGAUAUUUGGGUUGCUAUUGCACAAGGUAUCAGUAUUCAUCUCAAUGAAAAUGCUGAAAAAUAUCGAGAAUUAAUGGUAUCACAUGAAGGAAAAAAAACGUUGACUCUUCCAGUAGAUAGUCUUCGAAUACCAGAUUCUGCUCGACCAAAAACUGAAAAUACAUCUGUACCUGCUAUUAAUUGGCCAGUAGCUGUUCGACAAAUGGGUGAAUUGAUUAGACUUGAUAUGAAAACAGAUUUAGCUACACUUUUGACGACUUCUUUUUCGAGUACAACACCAGUCGAACAAGCUGUUUUUGAUUGUACAUUAAUGGAUAGUGUUAAAUCUUAUUAUGAUUUUCGAUUUAGUCUAUGCUGUGGUCUUCCACAAGUAACAUUACGUGGUUCACCAGAAGAUUUUCAACAAGUUAUUAAUCGAAUUAAUCAACUUCGAACUAUCUUUAUGGAUUUUCAUUGGUGGUUAGAUGCACUUAUACCUCAUUUGCAACAAUUGAAAGCAAGUGCUGAAGGAAAACCUGAUAUUGAUUGGUGGCAAAAGAUUUGUCAUAGUGUUGGAGGUGGAUCUGAUAUAAGUAUGUUAGCUGGAUGGCUUGCUGAUUUUGUUCCAUACAUUUCAGAUGGAAAAGGUCAUUAUAAAAAAGCUCGACGUGAUCAUCAUCAUUAUACACAAGGUUUAAUCAAUGGUAUUGAAUUUGGUGAUUUAAGUGAAAGUGUUACUCAAACAGAUUUUAUUUUGGAUGAUAAUGGACAUGAAAUUAACAUGAAAUUAAUUGCUGGAUUUUUAGGUAUAGGUCAAAAUGCUAAAACAAGUGCACUUCGUCCAUGUCUUGGUUGGAUAACAGCAUUACCAAAAUAG